AUGGCCCCUGCGCGCUUUGAGUAUGCGACCAUUUCGUGGUCCUCGGUGGACGCUCUUACCAGCCCUGAUCUUUGGACGCAAUGGGCUCUGAACGCCGAGUUCAGGGCUUUGCCUCCCACUCAAGAGAUGAGACACAGGUACUUGAACUACAGCCGCAAUCAUGCUGUGCUGGUGCGGCCCACAUCGCCUCAGGACGGGCAAUUGCUGUUCAAAUUUGAGUGGGACAAGGUCAAGCUGAGCUUGCGAGUCACUUCUGCAAUGUCGGGCGAGUUCGUGUGCACCGCAUUGGACGCUUUCGUUGGGCUAUGUGAUAGGAUGCAAGAGGAGGCUGACCGCAUGCGCUUGGGAUGUUGCCAAGUCCUAUGCAUUGUGAACAAGAAGCACUUGGACCCAGAGCUACGCAAACAGACCUUGGAACACAUCUUUGGACAUGCGGCUUUGGAGCUCGAGCAGAUUGCGGAGGGUGCGAUCGGAACCACAUACAUUACCGAUGAAGACAUUACCGAUGAAGCGGAAGAGCCAAGUUCUGAAGAAGCCUGCCAGCGGACUGAAGCUGAGCGACAGAGGUCCUUGGCUUGGCGCAAAGAGACUGCCAAGGCCAGCAAGUCGAUCGCCAACCUGAACAGUUGCUACGUUUCCUUGAAGGGCGUCAUGGACAAGAGUGCAAAGAAUGCUAACGUGCUCUCUGUGGAGAUGAAGAAAGAUCUCCAGGAGGCCGAAGGCAAGAUCAGGACUCUCAAGCUGAGUGCCACUGCGAUCAUCGGAACUGAUGAAGCGGCGCGAGCUCAAAGCGAUCCACCGGCUUUGGGAGAGGCAUCUGCCAUCCAGGAUACAGUCAAGGCUGCUCAGAUGCUUCUGAAGGAUGCUCGAAAGGUUUUUGCAGAGAAAGCAGCCGAGGCAAAGGCUCUCAAGGAGCCAAAGCCCAAGAAGGCGAGCAAGCCAAAGGGCAAGUGA